AUGUGGUGUCGCUUAUUAAAAUUCUCGAACGAAAGUAGUGUUAGGCUCUGGAGACCAAUUUGGACGCAAUAUCGAAACAUGACGUCAAUAUCCACGGAUUCUCAGCUGAAAUAUUAUGAUAUUGGAUUGAAUCUGACAGAUCCCAUGUUCCAAGGUGUCUACAAUGGUAAGCAAUAUCAUGCAGCAGAUGUUAGAAAAGUUUUAGAGCGUGCUGCUCAGAGAAAUGUGAAAGUCGCCCUUGUUACAGGUUCAUCCAUAGUAGAGUCUCAAAGCGCUAUUGAGCUGAUCGACAGCAUUGAAGGUCGCAGUGCUUUAAAGUUGUAUCAUACAAUAGGUGUUCACCCAUGCUGCGUUAACGAAUUUGCAGAUGCUGGUCAAGAAGACAAGCCUAGUGCUUCCAUUGAUAGUCCUUCCAUGGACGAAACGUAUAAUGAGUCGCUACAUGGUAAAGUUAUUAGCGAUCCAUCUUUUGCACAGGCUAAACUAAAAGAACUUUUUCAGUUGAUGGAUCAACAAUCGAGAAAACACGUUGGAAGCUUUAGGUCAAUUGGGGAAAUCGGGCUGGAUUACGAUAGAUUUCACUAUAGCUCCAAAGAUAUGCAGAUGCUGUUUUUCGAAGAGCAACUGAAAAUAAGUUGUUUGAACGACAAGCUUAGUAGAUAUCCGCUAUUUCUGCACAUGAGGAGUGCGUGUGAUGAUUUCAUCCAAAUCCUGCAAAAAUUCAUCACCGGGUUUACUGAUGAGAAGGAUAUUUUUAAAUUACAACAGUUAGGUUCAUCUUCUCCAAGCGGGUUUUACAAAUUUCAUUCAGACAAGAAACUAGUGGUACAUUCGUUCACUGGCUCUAUGAUAGAUCUGCAAAAAAUACUAAACUUAUCCCCUAAUAUCUUUAUAGGAAUCAAUGGUUGUUCCUUAAGAAGUGAGGAAAAUAUAGCUGUUGUAAAGCAGAUACCGAUUCAAAGGUUACUACUAGAGACAGAUGCCCCAUGGUGUGAGAUUAAAAGAACGCAUGAAUCCUUCCAGUAUUUGGCCAAUCACCAGAAGAUUAAGGACUUCGAGUAUCCUGCGUUCAAGUCUGUCAAAAAAAAUAAGCUCGCUGACAAGUUAGAUGCCGAUGAACUUUAUAUGGUGAAAGGCCGUAAUGAACCUUGUAACAUGGAACAAGUAGCAAUUGUAGUAUCAGAAGUUAAGGGCGUAGAUCUCGCAAUGUUAGUGGAUGCUACAUGGAAGACAACUUGUGAGAUAUUUGGCGAGUAG